UGUGUUCAGGGCUGAACAGCGUUAACCUCCCUCUCUUCAUGGGCUGCAACUUCACCGGGAACCCAAGUGGCCGCAGUCGCAAUUAACAAAACCACGCCUGUUGCUCUCUAAUUUCCCUGAUUUGCAGUUACUUAUACUACUCCCCUCCCCUGGAGCACGAUCUGUCUCUCCAGAGCUGCUCGUACAGAAAAAGUUCAUAUCCACUGGAGGAAUUCUUUUUUUCUUUUUCUGAAUUCGGUUACAUUAGGAUCCUGACCCCCCUGCUAGGAGAGGGGGCUCAUAGUCCGGUGGUCCCUUCUCGCUUUGUCCCGGGACACGCACAAUAGCAGCAAUGGAGUACCUCAUGUUUUAUUUUGUGUUUUCAUGCUGGGUGAAGUUUGCAAACUGUGUCUUAUCUACUGAUGCACCUCAGGGUCCUGCACCUAUUCCUAAAGAGAAAUUGCUCGUCCUGACUGUUGCAACAGAGGAAACGGAUGGCUUCCAUCGCUUUAUGCAGUCAGCAAACUAUUUCAACUACACUGUGAAGGUGUUGGGAAUGGGAGAAACAUGGAAAGGUGGUGACGUGGGUCGCUCAAUCGGUGGAGGGCAAAAAGUUAGACUCCUGAAGGAGGCCAUGGAGGCUCUGGCUGACCAGGAGGAUCUUGUUGUCCUUACCGUGGACAGCUAUGAUCUUAUCUUUGCCGGGGGAGCAGAGGAGAUUCUCAGGAAGUUCCAACAGGCCAAUCACAAAGUGCUUUUUGCUGCAGAGGGACUGAUCUGGCCGGAUAAGAAACUAGCUGACAAGUAUCCCUCAGUCCGCAGUGGCAAGCGCUACCUCAACUCUGGAGGUAUAAUCGGCUAUGCCCCAUACAUGAACAGAGUAGUUUCACAGUGGAACCUCCAUGACAAUGAUGACGACCAGCUCUUCUACACCAAAAUAUACUUGGAUCCUUUGCAGCGACAAACUCUCAAUAUCACUCUGGACCACAAGUGCCAGAUUUUCCAGAACCUGAAUGGGGCCGCUGAUGAGGUGCUUGUCAAGUUUGGAACGGACCGCGUAAGAGUUAGAAACACAGUGUACGACUCUCUGCCAGUGGUUGUCCAUGGCAACGGAAACACCAAAAUGUACCUGAACUAUUUGGCCAACUAUGUCCCUAAUACAUGGAACUAUGAGCAUGGCUGUAGCCACUGUGAUGAUGAUGUUCUGGACCUGUCUCAGUUAAAAGAGUAUCCUAAUGUGUUGGUUGGAGUAUUCAUUGAGCAGCCAACUCCAUUUCUUCCUGAGUUCUUCCAGCGGCUGCUCACCCUGGAUUAUCCCAAAGAUAAACUCAAAAUUUUUGUCCACAACAAUGAGGUUUACCACGAGAAACAUAUCCAGAAGUUCUGGGAAGAGAACAGAAAUGUGUUCGGCACUUUCAAGGUUGUGGGACCAGAAGAAAAUCUGAGCCAAGGAGAGGCCAGGAACAUGGGCAUGGAUCUUUGCCGUAAGGAUGCCACGUGCGACUACUACUUCAGCCUGGAUUCAGAUGUGAUGCUCACCAACAGACAGACACUGAAGCUCCUCGUUGAGCAGAACAGGAAAAUAAUUGGUCCCCUUGUCACUCGUCACAGCAAGCUGUGGUCCAACUUCUGGGGAGCAUUGAGUCUGGAUGGUUAUUACGCUCGCUCCGAAGAUUAUGUCGACAUUGUGCAGAGAAAACGCAUGGGUUUGUGGAACAUUCCCUUCAUGGCACAUGUAUACCUCGUCAAGGGCAGCGCUUUGAGGAAAGAACUGAAGGCGAGGAACUACUUUGUGCUGGAGAAGCUAGACCCAGAUAUGGCUCUAUGUAGAAAUGCCAGAGAAAUGACCAGUCACAGAGAAAAAGACUCCCCUUCUCCGGAAUCAUUCCAUAUGCUCAGGCCCCCAAAGGGAGUCUUCAUGUACAUAACAAACCGCCACGACUUUGGGAGGCUCAUUUCCACAGCCAAUUAUAACAUUUCUCAUUAUAACAAUGACUUGUGGCAGAUAUUUGAAAACCCUGUGGACUGGAAGGAGAAAUACAUCCACCAAAACUACACCCGAAUCUUCACUGAGAACUACUUGGAGGAGCCUUGUCCAGAUGUGUUCUGGUUCCCAGUCUUCUCAGAGAAGGCCUGUGAUGAAAUAGUUGGGGAGAUGGAGCACUACGGAUCAUGGUCUGGAGGCAAACAUCAGGACAAGCGGAUCUCCGGCGGCUAUGAGACUGUGCCCACGGACGACAUUCACAUGAAGCAAAUCGGCUAUGACAAAGAGUGGCUGCACUUCAUCCGAGAGUUCAUAUCGCCCAUCACGUUAAAAGUUUUCUCCGGCUACUUCACUAAGGGUUACUCCAUAAUGAACUUUGUGGUAAAAUACACGCCUGAGAGGCAAGCGUACUUGAGGCCCCAUCAUGACUCCUCCACCUUCACCAUCAACAUCGCCCUCAAUAACAAAGACACAGACUUUCAGGGUGGGGGUUGCCGUUUCCAUAGGUAUAACUGCUCCUUAAGUUCACCACGGAAAGGCUGGAGCUUCAUGCACCCAGGACGACUGACUCACCUCCACGAAGGCCUGCCCACCACCAACGGCACCCGCUACAUCGCAGUGUCCUUCAUCGACCCCUGAACCAUCCGAUUAUACUGUAAAUUAGUCUUUUGACCUCGCUUUGCUUUUUUUUUUUCCUGACAUGUUUGUUUUGUUCUGUUCCCCAGAUGUUUUGCUAAAGCAAUUCUAUUUUCAAAGCAAAAGCUUGAAAGGAAUUAAUAAUUGCGUGAAAGGAAUCUCUGUCAAACAGAGUGUAGAUGGGAAAGGAAAGUGACAAAAGUAAUUCACAAUUUAGAUACACAAAUAAGAGAGAAAUGUAUGCUAGUAUGGUUCACAUUUGUGCCAAACGCUCAUUUUCAGUUCUUUUUUUAAUUCAAAACCAACAGCCUGCCUAGAACCGUUGGUACUGUAGCUUAUCAUGAUUUUCACAUUACUGAUUUAACAUUGUCACGGUAACUUUGCUAGCAUUUUGUUAUACCAUGCUAGCAUGCAUGGACAUUGUGUAUCUAUUUGUGUUUCAGGUAAAAUGUCGAUGAAUACGUUUGUUCUAUUAAAACCUGUCGAUGCUUUAAUGACUACUGGUGCUAAUCAACACUCCAUGAUUCUGCAUUCAAGAUUUGAAGUAAAUAUUUGGAUAAGUGUUUUUCUACCGUGAAACAGGUUGGAUUCCAUUUGUGAUUUUAAUAAAAUUAAAGUUUGAUACGUGCCCUGUGAAGAAUAAAUCUCAUUUUGGAAUUUUGUACACCAGGAGAACAAUACAGCAGAAUUCAAUAUGAAUUAUGUUUGAAUGAAUUUCAAUAUUCUGUUUUACUUGAAAGAUUUUUUGUCAAUUGGAAAAUUGGUCUCAUUCAUUUGCUUUCCUGAAGAUAUGUCUGCAAUAUUUUUUUCUGAGAGAUGUGUGUAAAUGGAUUUUGAAA